CUAUCCGACAAUGUGCGGUGCUGCAAGCCGCAGUGUGGCGCGCUACCAGACUGAUAGCAGAAUCAAUAUGGCCGCAUGAAAACAUGAAAUCACAUGUAAGAGGCGUGCUGAGCUGACUUGCCACGUAUUGCGUCAGAAACGUCUCGGAACUUAAAUUUUCGUCUGUGGAACAGAUGUUAUGACAGUGCCGGGUACCAGGGAGGACGGACAGAGGGUGCCAUGGAUGAGCAAGCCUUACAAGGACUGGGGCCUCUAGCCGACCAGGCCAGUCAUGCCAGGGCCCUGGCCUACUUCGAGCAGCUGAAGCAGUCGGACGAGGGAUGGAAGCUGUGCACGGAGGCCGUAACUCAGGGGAUGUACGAGAGCGACCACAUCAAGUUCUUCUGCUUCCAAGUCCUGGAGAACUUCCUCAAAACAAGAUAUUCCACUGCCAUCCCAUCUGACCAACAGAUCUUGAAGCAGUCGCUGUUACAGUGGCUACAAAUGCAGACCAUUUCAACUCACGAGGAGAAGAACUUCAUCCGCAACAAGGCGGCCCAACUCUUCUCCCUCCUCUUCAUCAAUGACUACCCCCACCGCUGGCCGGGGUUCUUCCGGGACCUAAUCCAGCUCCUGCACGCCGGCCCCAAGGCCGUCGACAUGUACCUGCGCAUCUUGAUCGCGAUUGACGAGGACGUGGUGGACCGAGAGCUGUUGCACACCCAGGAGGAUGCCCAGCGGAGCACAGCGUUGAAGGACAGCAUGAGAGAGCACUCACUGACGGAGAUAGUCAGCUCCUGGUACCAGAUCCUGGUGAAAAAUGUAUGAAACACAAACCCCGAACUGACUUGUCUAUGCCUGGAGGUCAUCGGAGCCUAUGUGUCCUGGAUCGACAUCAACCUCAUUGCCAACGACCGGUUUGUGUCGUUGCUGCUCCGUUACCUCUCCGUCGACGUCCUGCGGGAGAGCGCCUGUGACUGCUUCCACGAGAUCAUCAGUAAAGGGAUGGAUCCCGUGGCCAAGACAGAGCUGGUGGAGUCCAUUACGAAAGUGCUGCAUGAUUCAGGGGUCAUUCCACCGACUGAUGACGAUGUGGAUUUCCUAGCGAAACUAUCCAAGUUGACCAAUGGAAUUGGCACGAAUCUUAUUGCCAGUUGGGAAAAACUUACUAAGACGCGAGACAGCGCCCUCACUGCCAAGACCUUACAAGCCAUCGAGAGCAAACUGCCACUUCUCUUUGAGUUUCUGGGUCACGAAGAUGACGACAUCUCGCUGGCGGUGACGGGAUUUGCUCACGACUACAUCGGGGUUCUCAAACAGAUCUCCAAGCCCAGCCCAGAGCAGAUGAGAUACAUGGAGAGCAUGCUGUACGUGGUCAUCCGCAAGUUCAAGUAUGAGGAGAGCUACAACUUUGACAGCCAGGGGGAGGACGAGAUUAUGUUCAUCGAUUACCGGCGACAGAUGAAGAUCCUCUUUGACAACCUGGCGCAGCUCAACCAGGCCCUGGUGUUACAGCUGGUCCACUCCUUCAUCAGUAACACACUCAGCCACUGGAAGUCAGUGAAAUUCACGGAAGCAGAGUUAGCAGUGCGUCUGCUGUACAUGCUGGGGGAAGCAAUACCAGUCAACCAGGGUAACCACUUUGUAGGGGACCAGGCAAGGGCAGAGAUCAUGCGAGACCUGAUGAGAUUGCUGAUCACAAGUCGCGUUGUGGAACAUUCCCACUGGGCAGUAGGAUUACAGGUAUUUGAGACGAUAGCGCGAUACGAUAAGUUCUUCAACUGCGAGCCCCAACACAUCCCCAGCGUCCUGAUGGCCUUCCUGGGUGACAGGGGACUGAGGCAUUGUCAUCCCACCAUCCGUAGCCGCUCGGCGUACCUGUUCAGCCGCUUCAUCAAGGCGGAAAAGCAUCACCUGACAGAUUUCACCGAGGAGAUCCUCAAGAGAAUACAGGACCUGCUGGUCAUCGCACCCCCGGACAAUGGCCACCAGCUAUUGCUGACCAGCGACGAUCAGUUAUUCAUGUAUGAGGCAGCGGGAACCAUUAUUGUAUCUAGCAGCUAUGCACCUGAGAAGAAGGAGUACCUCAUGAAGAAUCUCCUCGCUCCGACCCUGGACAAGUUCAACGCCAUGUUUGACAAGAUGUGCGCCGAGAAAGACGAGCAGAAGCGACAGAAGUACGCCGAGGUGGCUGCGCUGGCCAUCGCUUUCGCAAGCCGAACCAGCAAAGCCUUCUACACCCAGCUGACCAUGAAGCAGAGCGGCUGCGAGGCCUGCUUCACCGAGGCCCUGCGGGUCUUCCUGCGUGCCCUCAACACCCCCUACCAUCACCAGAUCCUGCACGCUGCCGUCAGGCAGUACCUGCACCGGAUGAUCAUCUGCCUGGAGGAGGCCCUGCUGCCAUACGUCCCCGUCGCCAUGGAGCACUUGCUCAAGAAGUCGGAGGCCCGGGACAUCCACGAGUUCAUCCCGCUCAUCAACCAGAUUGCCAGCAAGUUCAAGAGGACCAUAGUUCCCUUCAUGCGCUCUGUCUUCAUGCCCAUCGUUACUACCAUUUUUAACGUUCUGGGACAGCCCGCCGACGAGUUAGACAUCCAAGCCAAGCAAGAUAAGGACCUGCUGAAGAGGAGCUACUUCCAAUUCCUCCAGACGCUGGUGGCCAACGAUGUCAGCGAGGUCAUCUCUGGCCAAGAUGCUGAUAACUUUAAGCAAGUGUUGCUGACCAUUGCACAAGGGGCCGUGGAGUCUCAAGACCCGAUAGUCCAGAAAACCGCCUUUAUUAUCUUCAGAAAACUGGUGGACAAGUGGGCGGGUAAAGAUGGCCUGCCCGGGUUCCGAGACUUCAUCUAUGAGUACAUGAUCCCCGCCUGCUUUAUGGCACCCCUCAAGGCCACGUUCAACCUCUCAGACGGACAGACAGUUUUGGCUCUGAAUGAAGAUGCAGCCGUGCUGAAGUCAGUACUAGCCAAGGAAGGGUCCAACCUGACCAGUUUCCUACAGCGGGACUACUUCCCUUCGUUGCCUCUAGGCCCGGAGCCUGCCCAGGCAUUCUGUCGCGCGCUACACGAGAUGGAGCCAAAAGUCUUUAGAAAUUACUUUAAAGUUUUCUUUGAAUCGGCCAGGAAAUCGUGACAACCGAUGUCUGUAGGCAAAGCCUAAUUCAGGUGUUCCAUCAUGAGAGCCGCAACUUGUACAGAUGUUAUAUGUAUUAAACCCCCCCCCUUAAAAACUUUAUUUUGGUUUGCUCCAUCAUAUCAUGACAGAAACUUUAGCCAAAAUUCGGAUCAGCAAGUGUGCUCAAUGUCAUGGUAGAGGAAGAAAAACAAAGCCCCAAGUUUGUACAAAGUCCCAUCCUGAUUUGUAUGAUAAAUGUAAAUUUGUAUCUUCACCUUUAAAGGUUUAUAUUAAAACUAACACCUGGAGGUCAAAAGUAGCUAUUCAUUUUGCUGCAACUCUCCCCACCCCAGGAUAUCAUAUUGAAUAGCUGAGAACUUGAAAGUGCAAAUGUAAUUAACAUUUCGUUUAUUACAUUCCACUCUAGCAAUGGUGUUUUCAUUCAUGCUGAAGCCCCUCCCUUUACAAAGUGAGAAAUGUACCGACUGUGUAAUUCCGUUUGUGUUUCUUUCACAUUUUUAGUUUCUGGCAUAAUUUCUGAACUGCCGUUAACUGGUUUCAAUAUAGUUUUUUCACUGAGGACUGAAAUAAAGAUUAUUUGAUCAGUUGACCAGGUUAAGGAAAUUUAUAAAAGAAAGAGAAGUUUAUUUAAAUCAAUACAGGCUGUCAAAUGCCAUCUCUUUAGCUUAUUUAUCCUUACAAGUGCAUGUGAAUUUAUAGUGUUUAUGCACUAGCUUUAGACUUGGGUUCGGCCCAGUAUGGUACAUGUAUUGUGUAGUCCAGUUCUAAUUUUGCACCUGUACAAAAAGAGACAAGCCCUUGCGGACUUUGUUUCAUUACCCAUGGUAGUACCUUUGAAGUGCAUAUUCUUCAGCGGUGUUUAAACUUCCCCAGAUCUACUUUUGACCAUUCCACAGUGGUGUGAUCGUGUGCGAAGCAUAUCAACUAAUGAGUGGAAAUAGAAAUCAUAGGAUCAAUUUAUUCAAAGCCUCAAGAUAGAUUUCAGAGUGUGAAGUCAUCUGUGAUAAAAAUCAGCCUUGAAAUAAACGAUUUUUUUUUAGUUGUGCAUGAUUUAAUGUUCAUGCAACUGCUAGAUUUGCAUAAUUUUUAUGUUCCUCAGCAAAUUCAUGUUUCCCAAAAGCCCUUAAAUCUUAGGUACAUGGCAUUUCAUACUGAAGUUUUGCAGUUUAUCUACAAAAGACGUGCCUUUGCGUUGGAUAAAUAUGCUAAGAUUCAAUUUUACUGAAUGCACAAUGUGUGAAUAUGUCAGACAUCUGAUUUAUUCUCAAAUCCAGCUGUUCACUUGUCUUUGGAAAGUAGGACGGCUUAUAAUUAUGUUGGCUUCAAAUACCUCCCAAACAAAAUAGAAUCGGCUAUGGACUGAUUUUUUAAAAUAUUCCUUUAUGUUAUGCGAGUGCAACUCGGUUUAAGAUUCCUCAAUCAUUAAUCAGCAAGUAUACUGACAGAUUGUGGGUAUAAUGAAUUUGUAUUGUAACUGAAAUUGAUGAACAUGUUUUUAAAAUUUAAAUUUUCCUAUGUUUAUUCUUGUUUUGUUUUGAGGAUUUGGAAGGAUUGGUAUUGGAAAAUCAGGAAAAAACAUGCACCAUUGAUAAAUACGGCGGUGAAAUGGUACAAACCACUUUGUAUUUGCGCAAUUCCCAAAUCCAGUGCUGCAUUAAUAUAAUUUCUUUGCGCCCCUGGAGGCCUUUGGUUUAA